CAUAUCAUUUUUAACGUUGAACUUCAUCAUAUUACUUUUUGUUAUAAAAAAAUAAUAGAUAAAAUGCCUAAUAAACUUCCAGCUGAUUGUCUUAUCGAAAUUUUUAAUUAUUUAGAUGGAAAUAAAACUGCAUUAUAUUCAUGCUUACUAGUUAAUCGUCUUUGGUGUGAAGUUUCUGUUAGAGUUUUGUGGCGAAACAUUUGGGAUUUAAAACGUAAAAUAUCACCAUCGUAUAGGUUUGGAAUAUCAUCACAAAUCCUUAAUACUUUAAUUAAUUGUCUUCCUAAAGAAUCAAAAGAUCUCUUAUAUAAGAAUGGAGCUAUUCCAAUUUUAACUUCGAAAUCUCCAUUGUUUAAUUAUGCAUCAUUUUGUAAAGUUCUUUCAAUUCUUGAUAUCAAUCUAAUAC